AGCUCCUCCCGGGCACGCACCACAUCAAGUUCUUCGUUGACGAUCAGUGGCGCGUCGCAGACGACAUCGCCACCGCCGUCGACGAUGACGGCAGUCUUGCUAACUACGUCAACAUUCCCGCCGUCGCCGUCAGCCCACCCACGCCCCCUCUCGGGCCAGCUUCUGGUCCUCCCAUGUCCAAUCUCUCUGCCUCCAUAUCCAAACAUACCGGCCCGCCCUCCACCCCUACCAACGGCAACGGCGCCGCCAACGCCACGUCCAACAACGCCGGCGGGUUCCAGAUCUCGUUCUGGAGCGAGAGCAGCGUCGGCGGCGCUCGCGCGGGCCCUCCCAAGUGGACACAGGAUCUCCCGGCCGAGCUGCUCGCUGCGGCGCGGGAGGAGGAAAUAUACCUCGCCGACGGAGCCGCGGGCGGCGCGCCCGCGCCGAAUAUCCCGCCCGCGCCCGUCCUCCCGCGGCAUCUCGAUAAACUGAUCCUGAACACGCGUCCCGCUGCGCCGCGCUCGGACGCGAACGCACGGGCGGAGGAGCGCGCGAGGCGGACCGCCGGCGCGAGCACGCAGGCACCGGGGCACGGGCGCGUGCGGUCGCGCACGCGGCAUUCGGCGCUGGGGAUGACAGAGGUGCAGGGGCAGGGGCAGGGAGGGUCGGCGGACGGCGAGGGUGCGAUCCCAGUCACGACGGCGAGCGGGACGGACGUGACGGCGACGGCGGCGGGGCGGGGAGAGACCGGCGCGCGGGCGGGGGUAUCGCUGAGCGGCCCGGCGCUCGCGGACGACGCGAGCGUGCUGCCGGUGCCGUCGCAUGUGGUGCUGCACCAUCUGAGCACGAGCGCGAUCCGGAACGGGGUGCUCGCCGUCGGGAACACGACGCGCUACAAGAAGAAGUUCAUCACGACCAUCUAUUACAAGCCGACAUGAGCGCCCCUCCUCUUCUUUUCCCCUCUCUCGUUUUGUGUAUCCCAUCCCCCCACUCAUCCCUAUUUACCCUCCCCCCCUCCUGCAUCUACUCUCCCCUUUUCCCAUGUUUUGCUCUCUUUUUUAGAUUCCCAUCUUCAUCUCCAUCUGCCUCUCUGUCUCUCUCUGUCUCUUGCUCCGGGUUCCUCUCCGGCCUCACUUGUCCUACACGAUGCACAUACAUACAUACAUACAUACAUGUUGUACAUAUGUUUACCUACUCACGGAUACAGACACCCUGCCUCGCGCAUAUACGCGCGCCCCGAAACAAGCGCCCGCGGCCCGCGCUGUUCGCACUCUUGUUCACGGUCGAUCUCGGCGA